CGCCGCUCGAAUACGCGCAAAAAAAUUUAAUGUGCAGCUUUUGUUUAAACAAAAGAAAAACACAACUGAAGAAGCGCCACACACAAAAUACUAAAUCAAUCAUUAUCGAGGGCAUGCCUUGAAUAAGCGUUAAAUGUCCAAAAUGUCAUAAACAAAUCGCGUGAAGGAGCUAAAGGUGAUAAACCACACAAAUUAACAACAACAUUCUUUUUGCCAAAACGAAGUACUUCAAACGGCAAAACAAAUAAACGAAAAUUAAUAAGAUGACGCGGCGCAUUUGGAGCAUAUCGUUGCUGCUGUUAUUGCUGGCCAUGUCAACGCUGGCCAAAGCAACACCUGUAGUCAAUCGUCAGUAUAGCUGCAUGAGCUAUCAGGAGAAUGACAGCUCGCUGCAUGACGAUGAAUUGGAAACGGAGAACAGCGAAGGCAUCAGUGCAGAGCAGCAGCAGCUGGAGGCGAGUGCCACGCCCAGUGAACGGCAUCAACGCAUUUGCAGUGAGGGUUACACCUUCUGCUUCAGUCUGUGGAAUGAAACUGCCAAUGGACAACGACUGGUGAAGCAGGGUUGCUGGAAGGACAACACCGAUCGCAACUCCAUCUGCAACCACUCGGAAUGCACCAGCUCAGCGCCCACAUCGCGCAGCAAUUCUCUCUACUAUUGCUGCUGCUCCGGGGAUCUCUGCAAUGACAAAGUGGCUGUCGUGGAGCCGGCUCCCCUCGAACUCGCCAACAAUGUUCGUGCUGCUGUCAGCAAUCGUGCUGCAACGCAUCAGCAGAGCUCCGUUUGGGCCACCACAAUGCUGAGCCUCGUGGGACUCAUCACGCUCGUUGUGAUUGGUGCACUGAUGGCCUGGCAAUAUUGUCGUGUUGUCAAGGAGAAAAUCGAACCGGAAGAGUCUCCACUUGCACCCUCGGGACCUGGCUACAGUUCGAAUCUGCGCAACGUGGACAAUCUGAAUCUGAUUGGCAUGCUGGGCAGCGGCAAGUAUGGCACUGUGAUGAAGGGUCUGCUCCAUGAACAGGAAGUUGCCGUGAAGAUCUAUCCGGAAACGCAUCAUCAGUAUUAUGUGAAUGAACGGAAUAUCUAUGCGCUGCCCCUAAUGGAAUGUCCCGCUCUGCUCAGCUACUUUGGCUACGAUGAGCGACGCACGAUGGAUGGCCGCAUGGAAUAUCAGUUGGUCUUGUCGUUGGCUCCCUUGGGUUGUCUGCAAGAUUGGCUAAUUGCCAACACCACGGACUUUUCCCAAUGCUGCGGCAUGUUGCGCAGCAUCGCUAGAGGAAUUUCGCAUUUGCACACAGAGCUGAGAUUGGGAGAUCUGCAUAAGCCUUGUGUGGCCCAUCGGGAUCUCAAUUCGCGCAACAUUCUGGUGCAAGCUGAUCUCAGUUGUUGCAUUGCCGACUUUGGCUUUGCGCUCAAGGUGUUUGGCUCCAAGUACGAGUACAAAGGCGAAGUAGCCAUGGCCGAAACAAAGAGCAUCAACGAGGUCGGAACCCUGCGUUACAUGGCGCCGGAGCUGCUCGAGGGUGCAGUGAACCUGCGGGACUGCGAGACGUCGUUGAAGCAAAUGGAUGUCUAUGCACUGGGUCUGGUGUUGUGGGAAGUGGCCACGCGUUGUGCGGACUUUUAUGCGCCCGGACAGAUGACGCCGCCAUACAAAGCGCCCUACGAACAGGAGGUGGGACCACAUCCCAGCUUCGAUCAGAUGCAAGCACUUGUGGUGCGACACAAAGCGCGUCCGCUGUUCCCCGCCGGUUGGGGCGGAGGCGCAGCUGCCAAGCUGGUGCGUGACACUUGCGAGGAUUGCUGGGAUCACGAUGCGGAUGCGCGACUCACCUCGCUAUGCGCCGAGGAGCGCAUGCAGGAGAUGUCAGGACUUCGCCCGAGACUUCAAGCACAGCCCGCGAGUCCGUUGCUCAACACCAACAAUCUGGCGUCGCCAACAACACAGCUGCAGGUGAGCGUCAUCGGUGGCACCACGAUCACAGCAGCUGCAGUGCAUCAGCCACAGUCGCAGCUGAGCUCUGCGGAUGGCGGCCUGCUGCAGCCGCCGCCCAAUCAACAGCUGCCCACGGAGAAGAAUCACCUGAACUAUGCACAGCCGCAACUGCAGCCCCAUCUCCAAGGCCGCAAUCCCUGCCAGGAACGCAAUCUAGCGCCGCAGUCGCAGCGUGCGCCGCCGGUGCUGGUGGAGCGCAGCAAGAAGCACAGCUUUCAGGCGCAGCAGGAGCAGAGUCUGUCUUGUCUGGAGCAUGAUGUCAGCGUGGAAGAGCUUAUAGCAAGUCAUCAGCAGAAGCAGCAAAACUCUAGCCUGGGUCAGGGCUUCCCCAAGCAACAGAACACGGAUCACAAGCUACGAGGUUGGCAUGCGGUGCGUGCGCUUAUCCACAAGAAGCUGUUCCGGAAGGAGCAUGCCGAGGAGAUCUGUCGUCAGCUGCAGCUGGGCGAAGAAAAGUCCAAUCUAGUGGCUGCCCUCAAAGGCAUGGAUAAUGCACGCUUGGCCAGCGGAUUGCGGCGUCCCAACAAUCUCGACUUGAGUCCGCUGCAGCCGCUGAAUCGCAGCAAUCCCUUGCAGCUGCGCAGCGCGGAGCAACGCACCGGAACUCCAGCUCACAUUGUGCCACGCUCGCUAUCCAGUAGCCUGAUCAAGCACAUCAACAACAACAGCAGCAACAACAACAACUACAACGAGAACGAGUUGCAUCUGCUGACGGCGACGCGUGCUCCAAAGCGUCGUCCUGGUCACCUGCGCACAAACUCCCUGCUCGUCACCGGCUCUCAAGCGGGCGGUCACAUGGCGCCGCCCACAGAGCAACAGCUGCGUCGCCAGCACAGUCUGGAGGUCUUCCGUGAGGUGUUCAGCGGUCGGGGUAGCUGUGAACGACUUAGGGAUCCCAGCGAGCGGGUGAAAACGCCGGGAGAUGUGCCGCCCUCGGUGAGGAAGGCGCGUGCCUCAAAGACGCUGAGCUUGUACGAUGAUCGCAUGAUGGAUUCGUCGCUGCUCAACAUACUCUAGCAUGAGGAGGUUCUGCUGUUGGAGCUAUAGGUUUGAUACCUGUAGCGAGUGUAGAAGCCGGCAGCAGAACUGUAUAGACAACUCAUAUCUCAAAACUUCAUCACAGCAACAUAUUCAACGAUAGCCAUACGAUAUAUAAAAUGGUGUAGUUUGAUAGGGCCCUCGAACCUGAAUACUGAAUUCCGAUCUUCAGAAGAUAAUACCUAAUAUAAAGUGAAAAUGUAUUUUUGUCAAUGCAACUGAAGAGAUGAACAGAUAGAGAGAAAAAGAGAGAGAGUGAGAUAGAGAGGCAGCUUCAGAGAAAUCUAGAUUGUAUAUGUAUUUUUUCACCAAUCAUCCUAGCGUUUAGUGCGGCAAACAACCAAAGUCCUUAUAGGUUAUAGAACUGAACACAGCAGAGCGUAGAGUGGGAACAGAGUACCGACAGAUGAUGGGAACAGAUAUAACAGUAAACAGAGAGGAGAGAAGAGUAUUUUUGCGACUUCAAUUUGACGAACAGCAGUCUGAUUAUAUAGCUUGUUUAGUAGUGUAAGUUUGAGCUUGCUGUACCUCGUGUUAGAUCAAGCUGACAAAGGCGCAGUUUAGUAACAUUUUUUAAAAGCCAUAUACACCCCCAAUUUAUAAUCACAAAUAAUAUUAUACUUAUAUAGACCACACACCCCUACAUAUGUACAUGUAUAAGCUGAGGCGGACAGGGUUGUCAAGUCAGUGGGAAAUUCCAGAAAAUAGUGUCCGACAACCCUGCGCCAUGUAGCACACCUAACUACAUUCGAGUAUUAUACGAUGUUAUUCUAAACUUUAGAAUCUAAAGCAAAACUUGACAACUCUGGCAAGCACUACACACAUAAUGAAUUUCAAGCGUAUGCCUUUCCCCAUUGAUUGUAUUCAAUUAUUAAUAUUUCGUGUUUUGUUUUUUUCGUUUUCCAAAAGUUUUGUAGUACUUGUAGACCAAAAAAAAAAAACACCCGCAGCCUUUCAAUUACAAAUAACACUAGUAAUACUUGUAUGAUUUACACUAAAAUAUAUAGUAUAUGUAAUAUUAUAUAUACGAAAUUUAUUUAAAUUCAUUUUUUUAA